AUGCACUUGUUCAAAACAUUGAAACAAACCAACUUGGACAUCCGGAUACUAUGGGCCUCGGUGUUCCUCAGAAUGGCUAGUUAUGGUCUCACAAAUCAAAUACUUGCCCUUUAUCUUAAAAAGAUUAAAAUAUCAGAAUUUGAAAUUGGACUAUUCAUGACACUAACUCUUGUUGGAGACACUGUUAUUUCCUACUUUUUAACAUGGAAUGCAGACCGAAUAGGCCGUCGUAAGGUGAUGCUCAUUGGGUCCAUCAUGAUGCUUGCUUCAGGCAUUGUAUUCACUUACUCGACCAAUUUCUACAUCCUAUUGGCAGCUGCUAUAAUUGGUGUCAUAUCGCCUUCCGGAGAUGAAACAGGUCCAUUCAAAUCAGUUGAAGAAGCAUCAAUGGCACAUUUAACUCCACAUAAUCACCGUCCAGAAGUAUUUGCAUUUUAUGGAUUGUUUUCCACAGCUGGUGCAGCCGCAGGAUCGUUGAUUUGUGGGUUCUUGGUUGAUUAUAUGAAUUUGGAACUAAACUGGAGCUUAAAGAGAAGCUAUCAAAGUAUAUUCAUCUUGUAUUCAGGAAUUGCUGUUUUGAAGUUUAUCUUAAUGCUGCUUUUAUCGGAAAAGUGUGAAGUGCAUGUGGAGAAUUUCACUGAAGUCACUGAGCAGUCAACAUUAUUGGAGUCAGAGGAAGAAGAUUCAGAUAAGAGCACAGGAUUGUCCAACACUACGAGACACUACUUGCCCAGACUAUUAAUCAUUUUCAUGCUCGAUUCUUUGGGAUACGGAUUUAUGCCAUCGGCGUGGGUGGUUUAUUAUCUCAAGUUCACAUUUGAAUUGACUGCAAAAGCAUUGGGGAUAUUGUUCUUUGUCACUAAUCUGGUUGACGCUGUAUCCUCAUUGCCUUCCGCACACUUUGCCAAGUUCUUUGGACCGGUGAAGGCAAUUCUAUUCACUCAAGCCCCAUCAGCUAUAUUCUUUAGUCUUGUUGCUGUCACUCAACUGUAUCCCAUUGUAGCUGCAUUGUUGUUGCUUUACUACCUUACCUCAACCAUGGAUGUUGUACCUCGACAGGUUUUACUAACAUCGAUCAUGCCCAAAGAGGAGAUUACAAAAGUCAUGGGCAUUGUCAAUAUUGGCAAGACAUUUGCUAGAUGCGUCGGUCCUAUAUUUACUGGUAAACUAGCAGAGCACAGCAAAUUGAGAUACGGAUUCAUCAUCAAUGGUGCAUGUGUUCUCUUUGCAGAUGUCGUACUCGCAAUCAACUUUCUCCAUAUCGAUCACGACAUUUUGCUUAAACAGAGGGUAGAUCAAAAUAUAGAGUAG